AUGGCUGCUGACCCCAUUUCACAUGUAGGAAUUAUGUCUAUGACAAGUCUCAUGGCCUCCAGAACAGUUCGCCCGGAUCCCUUGGCCCAUUCUUAUGGCAGCCCAGACGUCUUUGGACGUUAUCACAAUCCUAACGGAGACACCAUUUUUCAGUUUCACGAGCGUCCCGAAGGGGAAUUUCGUGCACGUGCAGACAGCCAUUUUGCUUGGGCCGACUUCACUGUAUGCCCUCAAUGGUUUAUUGAUAGCCAAUGGCAUCUGCCGUUUGUUAAAGCGCGGCCACCUGAGGCUACCAUCAAGAACCACGAACUCAGUUUCUGCUGGUGGGAUCUUGGGGAUAACCAUUUUGUGGAGGCGAAAGGGUCUGCCUUCCGUGAUCUUGGAACUUUGCGUGAAGACAUCGCGGAUUCAUUGCGAAAUGAAGCUAGGAAACUUCAAUCGGCAUGUCAAGAGAUCAAGCAGCUGAAGGACUAUGGUUGUCUCUUCUACCUUGCCAACAAGACAGUCAAUGCCGCUCUUCAGCUCAAAUUCUGUACAUUUUCUAAAUUAUGA